CAUUUAUGAACUCACAACUAAAAUUUCUCUGCUACUAAUACUAUUUACUCAAUGUGGUCCAUUGGAAUUUACGUUUUGGCCUUACUGAUCAUACCCAUUACGUAUUGGAUUCUGCACAAAUGGAGGACUUGUCCAAGCAACGUCAAGCUCCCUCCAGGUUCUAUGGGUUUGCCUUUCAUUGGAGAGACUCUUCAGUUCUUUGUCCCCAGCAAAUCUUUAGAUAUUCACCCUUUUCUUAAAACCAGAUUACACAAAAACGGGCCUCUGUUUAAAACGAGCUUGGUUGGUCGACCUGUUGUGGUUUCAUCUGAUCCAGGGUUCAGUCAUUUUAUUCUUCAGCAAGAAGGCAAGCUGGUGGAGUUGUGGUAUAUGGACUCUUUCGUUAAGCUUGUUGGUUUGAGUGGCUCUGUUAAAGAUGGUUCGUGCAUUAUUGCUGGAUACAUUCAUAAACGUCUGAAGAAAUUGGUUUUAGAUCAGUUUGGUCCUCUGAACCUGAAAGAGAAACUUCUUCCUGAGGUUGAAGAACUGGUCAAUCGAGCUCUGUCUAAUUGGAGAAGCCAGAGUUUUGUUGAAGUGAAGCAGGCUUGUGCAGUGAUGAUAAUGAAUUUCACUCUUAGGGAGAUGUAUGGUUAUGAUCCUGAGAAACAUGGGGAGAUUAUGGCCGAAGAAUUUACAGAUUUCUUUGAAGGGCUUAUGUCUUUGCCAAUAAAUAUCCCAGGCACCACUUACCAUAAGUGCUUACAGAAGCAGAAGAGUUCAUUGAAGAUGAUGAGGAAAUUGAUCGAGGAACGACAGGCAUCGUCCGAAGCUGAAGCUAGAAGAGGGGACUUGCUGGAUCUUAUUGUGGAUGACAUGAAAACAAAUAAAUUAUUAACAUAUGAUCUAAUGUCAUACAUGAUGUUCGGCCUUUUACUUGCAACAUUUGAGACAAUCUCCACCACUGUCACUUUGAUAAUGAUGCUACUCACAGAACACCCUUUAGUUGUGCAAGAGUUAGAGAAGGAAAACCAGGAAAUUCUUCAAAGCAGAGAAAAUAUAGGAAGUAAAGUGACAUGGAAGGAAUUUAGAUCAAUGACUUUUACACUGCAGGUCAUCAAUGAAUCACUUAGAAUGGGUAAUUUUGUACCAGGGUUCUUAAGAAGAGCAAUCAAAGAUAUUCACAUAAAUGGAUAUACAAUUCCGGAAGGCUGGACAAUAAUGGUGGUUCCAUCAGCUAUUCACUUGAACCCAGAAAAAUAUAAUGACCCUCUUGCAUUCAAUCCAUGGAGAUGGAAGGAUUUGGCAGCAAAUGUCACAGCGAAAAAUUUCAUCCCUUUUGGUGGAGGAGUGAGGUUAUGCCCUGGAGUUGAGUUCAGCAAAGUGUUGAUUGCAGUAUUUCUCCACGUCUUGGUCACAAAAUACAGCUGGUCUAAAGUGAAGCAUGGAGAAAUUGUUCGAGCACCAAUCAUGGGAUUUGGAAAAGGUUAUUACAUUAAGUUAGCAGAAAAGCUAAAAUGAUCAUGACACAGGGUGCAUAGACCUUACGAUAUGUAUAAUGUUCAUUAUCUUCGGUGCCACAACUUGGUUUUGGUCCUCAAUGGAA